UACACGCAAACGAAGUGAUAAGGAGGACGCGGAGGCAGUCCCGUGGCGGAGAUCAAAGGAAAUGGAAACGGCCACCUUCUACUACUGUGCGGUGCUCUUCUUGGCCCUCCUCUUUACUUCCAAAAGCUUCUUCCAAUCCAAGAACGCCCGUCUCCGAUGUCCACCCACCGGUCCCCUCGCCCUCCCCGUCGUCGGCCACCUCCACCUCCUCCGCCAGCCCAUCCACCGCACCCUCUCCGCCAUCUCCGCCCGCCACGGCCCUCUCCUCCUCCUCCGCUUCGGCUCCCGCCCCGUCCUCCUUGUCUCCUCCCCCUCCGCCGCCGAGGACUGCUUCACCGUCAAUGACAUCACCUUCGCCAACCGCCCCCAGCUCCUCUCCAACAAGUACUUCGGCUACGACUGCACCACCCUCGGCGCCUCCUCCUACGGCCCCCACUGGCGCAACCUCCGCCGGAUCGCCACCCUCGAGAUCUUCUCCCCCGCCCGAGUUUCCGCCUUCUCUGCCUCCCGUGCUGCUGAGGUCCGGUCGCUCCUCCGCCACCUCUUCGGCGACGGAGAUAAAGCCGAGUUCAGGAAGGUGGAGAUGAAGUCGAGGUUCUCGGAGCUGACGUUUAAUGUGGCCAUGCAGAUGAUAGCCGGGAGGAGGUACUACGGGGCGGAGGCCACGGAGGUGGCAGAGGAGGGGCGGCAGUUCCGGCGAGUUAUCGAGGAGGUGUUUUUGGUGGGCGGGGCAUCGACUUUGGAGGACUUCUUGCCAUGGGUGAGGUGGGCAGGGUGGAACAGUGCCGAGAAAAGGAUGGCGAGGUUAGCGAGGGAGAUGGACGAGUUGUUCCAAGAGAUGGUGGAGGAGCGAAGAAAGAAGAGGGGAAGAGAGGAGGGAAAGAAAACUAUUAUCGAUGUUAUGUUGGAGAUGCAGGAGGCCGAGCCUGGUUACUACAAGGACGAGAUCAUCAAAGGAAUAAUUCUGAACCUAAUAUCAGCGGGAACGGAAACUCCUGCUGGAACCAUGGAGUGGGCAUUGGCCUUGCUUCUCAAUCAUCCAGAGGCAUUAAAGAAGGCCAAAGCCGAGAUAGACAAGCAAGUCGGUCAUGCCCGCUUCGUCACUGACCAUGACCUUCGCAAUCUCCACUACCUCCAGAAUGUCAUCAAAGAAACUCUUCGUCUAUUCCCAGCAGGCCCUCUUCUCGUGCCGCACGAGUCAUCCGAGCAGUGUGUCGUACAGGGAUAUAGUGUUCCACGCGGCACGAUCUUAUUGGUUAAUGCUUAUGCUAUACAAAGGGACCCACGGCUAUGGACGAAUCCCUUGGAAUUUAGGCCAGAGAGGUUUGAUGAAGUGGACGCAGAGGGAUACAAGAACAUCCCCUUCGGGUCUGGAAGGAGGAGGUGCCCGGGGGAGGGCUUGGCCAUGAGAACUAUGGGGUUAGCCUUGGGGUCUCUGAUUUAGUGUUUUGAGUGGAAGAGAACGGGGGAGGAGGAGAUGGACAUGACUGAAGGCUUGGGGCUCACCAUGCCCAAGGCUGAACCCUUGGAGGCCUUGUACAAGCCAUGUGGAAACAUGACCGACGUUCUUUCUCAACUAUGACCAUGCUCAAAUUUAUCUCCCUAUAAUAACUAUUUUUAUGAUGUAUCCGUACUUUAAAUUUAUGUGAAAUAUAUGCAUAAGUUGCAAACCAGUGGAGCAUAGAAGGAUGAAAUCUAAUUGAGUGCAAUGGUUUUCUUUGGCUAAUUUAUUGUCUGUUUAGUGAGGUGAGAAUUAAUGCAUUAAUUUGAAAGAAGUUGUGCUACUUACUGGCCUUUCGAGCCAAACUUCUUUCAUAUUGCUGCUA